GUUUGCUUCGAGCCAUACGCAGCUUCAUUCAUUGACGGUACUCGGCUGACCCACGAUACUUGUCCGGAUCAAAUAUCGCUCCUUUGUCAAAUAGCAGCGUCGCCAUUGUGUCCUUCACCAGUUUUUGGUCAUCCUCAAUCUAUCGGCACGAGCUAUCAAAAGCUCCACGAAGAGCACCAUGGUAGCCUCGGGGCUAUUAAUUAUCGUUUUCAAUGGGAGGGUACGACUAGGCUGAUUAAAGUGGUUCCUUUAGAACGCCACGACAUAGCUACCGCCAAACUCACUCGAGUAGUAGAUACGAAGCUUACUGGUCGAGUGCGAAUUUUCAUCAUCAUCUCGGUUAAGCCGACCAGCCUCACGUUCGACAAAAGGGUUCGACAAAAGCAACUGGCUCCCAGCAAUACUCCACGCCCACUCACCCGAGCAUACCUUCGUCCACUUCGGACACAAACCUCUAGUGUCCUCCCACCCCCCCUCACCAUUCAGCUAAUUACCACCCAGCAGCCAUACUCGACACAGGAAGUCUACGUCGAGCCGAACAGAAUUAACGGGGCCCCGUUAGUCAUCCCGUUUGUCGCCAUUUACGACCGACUCCCAGGACCAGGCGAGCUUAGAAAAUAA